AUGAUCGUCGCGGCGGCGGCGGCGGAAGGUGGAUGGGCGCCGGAGUCGUUCCCGGACCCUCAGAAGGAUUUUCGAGCGUGCGGGAGGGAUGUGGGAAGCUGGGUGUGCGACCCGGACGGCGUGCUGGGGAGGAAGGGCGGGAACUUGCUCGAAGGGAGGAUUCGGGCGAUCGCGGCGGGCGAGGGGGCGGCCGGGGAGUCUCCAUGUGGAGCGGGGGAGUACCCCGGAUUCCAGUUUGCCAUCGCCGUUGCCAACAAGCUGGCCAUGGCCCCUGGUGACACACCUGCCCAGGCCGCCCGCAAGCUAGCAGAGCACCUCCAUGGUGGUUGGGGCGUCGGCCAUGCCGCCUGCGACGACGGGGUGCUGGUGCUGCUUGCGAUCUCCGAUCGCCAGAUAUAUGUCUCUACAGGCAAGGGUGCAAGAGCCAGGCUGUCUGAUUACAAGGUGGCAGGAAUCAUCGAUGGCAUGAGGCCCCACUUGGUGCAGGGCAAGUAUGUGGCAGCCCUGUCGCAUGCCCUGCACUCCAUUGACGAGGGGCUGAAGCCCACGCCGUGGUAUUUGCCAGACGGCGCUGGAGGGAUCAUCGCUGCUUUCGUUGUCAUCUGUGUGGUCUUUUACCUUAAAAUGUUCAGUGGCUCCGGGCAGGCCAACAAGUUUGGCGACUUCAAGGCCAAGCUUGAGCAGUUGAAGCAAGACCAGAAGGCGGUGAAAGAGAACCGCUACAACUGCAAGACCUGUCCCAUUUGUCUUGAAGAAUUUGAACAGGAGGUGCGGAGCGGUGCAGGGGUGACGGCCUCCCAGGAUGUGGAUCAGGCUGGGGAACUGGGCGCGGAAGGCACCUUCACCACCCCCACUGCCCCCAAAGGUACAGAACCCACUGUCUCUGCAUCUUCCGGCCCAACUGCCAUGGCCUCCAACCCCGUUGCCGCACCUUCAGAAACGGCAUCGAGCAGGGGUGGGGGUGAGGAGCCCAGAAAGCGCACUCCGCUGUCGCUGCCCUGUGGCCAUGCCUUUUGCGAGGAGUGCAUUGGCGGGUGGCUCGAGAAGGAGAAAAACAGCUGCCCGAUCUGCCGGAAGCCCAUCGAUGGCACGGACGCAAGGCCGGCUACCAGCCCUGGCGUGUCCACCCGGACCUGGGACGAGCAGGCCUAUGCCGACGAGUUUGUGUUCCGGCUGGGGAGCAUCGGGAGGCUGUACCCAGGCUAUGCCACGCCCACCAACCUACGCAGGUGGGAGGAUGACUUCCGCCUUGGCCGUAUGCUGGACACCAGCCCCGCAGAGUGGUUGUCUGCAGGCUCAACGUGGCACAGCGAGGGCUGGAGCGGCGGCAUGGGGGCAUUCGGGGGAGGCGGGUGCUCCAGGGGGAACGGGGGCGCAGGGGGCAGCUGGUGA